GCAUAGCGGGCCACGCCCCUUCUGCCGACGUCACCCGGGGUCCGCAUCUGCUGCAGUCGCUGCGGGAGGAGCGAGCGCGGCAGAGAUGGCGUCGGCUACCGACUCCCGCUAUGGGCAGAAGGAAUCCUCGGACCAGAACUUCGAUUACAUGUUCAAGAUCCUGAUCAUCGGGAACAGCAGCGUCGGGAAAACCUCCUUCCUGUUCCGGUACGCCGACGACUCCUUCACGCCCGCCUUCGUCAGCACCGUCGGCAUCGACUUCAAGGUCAAGACCAUCUAUCGGAACGACAAGCGCAUCAAGCUGCAGAUCUGGGACACGGCCGGGCAGGAGCGGUACCGCACCAUCACCACCGCCUACUACCGCGGGGCCAUGGGCUUCAUCCUCAUGUACGACAUCACCAACGAGGAGUCCUUCAACGCCGUGCAGGACUGGUCCACCCAGAUCAAGACCUACUCCUGGGACAACGCCCAGGUGCUGCUGGUGGGGAACAAGUGUGACAUGGAGGACGAGCGCGUGGUCUCCUCGGAGAAGGGCCGCCAGCUCGCCGAGCACCUGGGAUUUGAGUUUUUCGAGGCCAGUGCCAAGGACAACAUCAACGUGAAGCAGACCUUCGAGCGGCUGGUGGACAUCAUCUGCGAGAAGAUGUCGGAGUCGCUGGACACGGCCGACCCCGCCGUCACCGGGGCCAAGCAGGGCCCCCAGCUCACGGACCAGCAGGCCCCUCCCCACCAGGACUGUGCCUGCUAGGGGCCAGCCCCCCCCCUCCUCCACAAACCCCCCCAAAAACCGGUCAGUGCACCCCCCAACCCCCCCCCAGCCCCUCCUCUUGGGGGUCCCGCGGGGGAAUUGCUGCUGAUACCUCCCAAAGGGCUGCGGCCCCUUUAGGAGCUCCCCACCCCACCCACGCCCCCAUAAUUCAUUAGGCUGUGCCCCCCAACCCACCCCCUUAAUUUAUUUUGAAGCCUGGGCUGGUAGAAAACUCCCCUCAUUCUGCUUUUAAUCACUGUCCAAGGUAUCAUUGCCCCCAGCCCUUCCCUGAGAACCCCCUUCCCUGGGGGAUCCCCUUCCCUGGGGACCUCCUUCCCUGGGGACCCCACUGCUCUGAGGGGACCCCCCCUCUUCCCUGAGAAACUCCUG